AUGUCCGUCCGCAGAACAGCACCGAAGCUGCUGGCCAGCCGCUCAGUGCACCUGAGGAUCGUGCCGCGGCCCGCCAACCUCUCCGAGAGCCGCGAGAUAUUCCGCGUGCUGCAGCGCUUCGGCGAGCUCUCCAUGUACAAGUCUCUGCGCUUCGAAUACCACAAUCCCGCCGACAACAUUGCCCUGGUCAUUUUCCGCGACGCGAAUGCCGCCCAAAAAGCCCUCGAUGCCUCGCCCAUCCGCUUCGCCCUCGACAAGGUAGUCGACCCCAACGACGAGGACCACCUCCUAGAGCUGCGCAGCCAGGACAACGCAGAAGACACCCACGAGACAACGCCAGCCACCCAAAGCGGCAUCGACGAAAUCCUGCGCCCCUCCGUCCUCACCACCCGCGCCUCGCCCCCCGCCAGUCCCCCUCCAAAACCGCUCACACCGCCACCCAUGCCCUUCGAGUCACCCUCCGCGCCGCCGCAGACACGCACAAAAUGGUUCCAAGUAACCGUCGACCGCUCGCGCGCUGUACACCAGGACUACGUCGAGCGACAGCCUUUCUGGAAGCAGUUCCAGCCCAUGAAGAGCAUGGCCCAGGAAGACUUGGCCAAGCAGGUGCCGCAUUCAGGCUUGAGUGAUGUGAGCAAAAGGCCCAUGAACCAACACCGCACACCUGUCAGGGUCCUGAAAACCAUGAACGAGUACGUCGAAUAUAGGAUGCCGAGCUUAAAGGGUAUGUUUGAGGGCAGUGAUAACGAAAAGAGGUUUACGCAGAGAAAGGAAAUAUAG